AACCUCACACUACUUGGUUCCCCAAAACACCAAAUUCCAAUUCAACACCACCGUACAACACCCACUUUUUCUUCUUCUGCAACUCCAUCACCGAGCAAUGGGCUUCUUCUCCUUCCUGGGUCGUGUCCUCUUCGCUUCCCUCUUCAUCCUCUCCGCAUGGCAGAUGUUUCAUGAAUUCGAUGCCACUGGUGGACCCCCUGCGAAGGAGUUGAUUCCCAAGCUCAAUGCUCUUAGGAAGAAUUUAUCCUCUAAUUUGGGGUUGGUGAUACCAGAUAUUAAUAUUCGGCAAGUUGUAGCUACUAUCAUAUUUCUAAAGGGGGUUGGUGGGAUUCUAUUUGUGGUCGGUAGCACACUUGGAUCUUAUCUUCUGCUUGUGUAUUUGUUGCUUGCCACCCCGGUUCUGUAUGAUUUCUACAACUAUAGACCUAAUAAGCCUGAAUACAGUUCGCUGCUGAAUGAUUUCAUUCAGAGCACAGCACUUUUUGGUGCAUUGCUAUUCUUCAUAGGGAUGAAGAACUCAAUUCCCAGAAAACAAUUCAGGAAGAAGACCACAAAAACAAAAACGACUUAGAAAUUACAAAUGUAUCUGUUUCCAGUGAAUAGUUGUCAAAUGGCCAUAGUUGCUGCAUUUUGAAAUAGUCAUUUAAACUUGUUUUUGUUAGUUGGCUUCAUUAUGGAUAUGCUUGAGCUUUCUUAUCAUUCUGUUGUACUUGCACUGAGAAUAGCUACUAGCAAAAACUUUUGUUAGAUUUCCUUGUGAAUCAAGGUUUGAUGGAUGAGAUAUCUCUCCAUUCUACAAAGUACUUUAAUCCUAAACCUUAUAUUCUUCA